AUGGCCGACAGCGACAGCAACCAGAUCUUCGUCGUGAACCACGCCAAGCACAGCAAGGACAAGAUCGCCGGCUGUGGCAAGGCUGGUCACCUGGACGGCCCGCUCGACGUGUGCCGGAUGAACAAGCCCUCGUCCAUCGCGCUGGACCCCAACACUCACUACAUAUACGUCGCGGACUCGGGGAACCACCGCAUAAGGCGCAUCGACCUUUCCACUGGAUUUAUGACCACCGUUUGCGGCAGCGGUCGGAAAGGCAGCCGCGAUGGGAAGAGCAUCAAGGACCAGAGUCUGGACUCCCCCUUCGACGUGCACUUCAUGCACCCGUGCCACUUGCUGAUCAGCUGCGCGGACAACAGCAUCCGCCGGCUCGACCUGUCCACCUCCGAGCUGGAGACCGUCCUGGUCGGCAGCUGA